GCCUCCUGAUCCUGUUUCUUCCGGUGCCGUAGCCGUGUGUUCCUGGCGUUUGCUUCUGCUGUGGACUCAGGAGUGCAUCUUGGAGGCUGUUUUCACAUAAAUAAUCAUGUCUCUGGAGGUGGAAUCUGCAGACGUGGUCCGUCUGAUUAUGCAGUACUUAAAAGAGAACAAUCUGCACCGGACACUAGCUACUCUGCAGGAGGAGACUACAGUGUCUCUGAACACAGUGGACAGUAUAGAGAGCUUUGUGGCAGACAUCAACAGCGGCCACUGGGAUACUGUUCUACAAGCUAUCCAGUCCCUCAAGCUGCCAGACAAGACCUUGAUAGACCUUUACGAACAGGUUGUGUUAGAGCUGAUUGAACUGAGAGAGUUGGGUGCAGCUCGUUCACUGCUCAGACAGACCGACCCCAUGAUCAUGCUGAAACAGACCCAGCCAGAGAGAUACAUCCACUUGGAGAACCUGCUGGCUCGCUCCUACUUUGAUCCCAGAGAGGCGUACCCAGAUGGCAGCAGUAAGGAGAAGCGUCGGGCGGCCAUCGCUCAGGCCCUGGCAGGAGAGGUCAGCGUGGUGCCUCCCUCUCGUCUCAUGGCUCUGCUGGGACAGGCUCUGAAGUGGCAGCAGCAUCAGGGUCUCCUGCCUCCUGGCAUGACCAUCGACUUGUUCAGAGGUAAAGCUGCCGUUAAAGAUGUAGAAGAGGAGCGCUUUCCCACGCAGCUCAGCAGACACGUCAAGUUUGGACAGAAAUCUCACGUGGAGUGUUCCCGAUUCUCCCCUGAUGGUCAGUAUCUGGUCACUGGCUCUGUGGACGGUUUCAUCGAAGUCUGGAAUUUCACAACUGGCAAAAUCAGGAAGGAUCUGAAAUACCAGGCCCAGGAUAACUUCAUGAUGAUGGAUGACGCCGUGUUGUGUAUGGGCUUCAGUCGGGACACAGAGAUGUUGGCCACUGGAGCCCAGGAUGGAAAGAUUAAGGUUUGGAAGAUCCAGAGUGGUCAAUGUUUGAGGAGGUUCGAGCGUGCCCACAGCAAAGGAGUAACAUGUGUCAGCUUCUGCAAGGACAGCAGCCAGCUCCUCAGUGCCUCCUUUGAUCAGACCAUCAGAAUCCAUGGACUGAAGUCGGGUAAAACUCUAAAGGAGUUCCGCGGUCACUCCUCGUUUGUCAACGAGGUCACAUUCACUCCGGACGGCCAUCACAUCAUCAGCGCGUCCUCUGAUGGUACAGUAAAGGUCUGGAACGUGAAGACCACUGAGUGCAGCAGCACCUUCAAGCCUCUGGGAACGUCAGCCGGCACUGACAUCACAGUCAACAACGUCAUCCUGCUGCCCAAGAACCCGGAGCACUUUGUCGUGUGCAACCGCUCCAACACAGUGGUCAUCAUGAACAUGCAGGGACAGAUCGUGAGGAGUUUCAGCUCCGGUAAGAGGGAAGGUGGUGACUUUGUGUGCUGCACUCUGUCGCCCCGUGGCGAGUGGAUCUACUGCGUGGGUGAAGACUUUGUGCUCUACUGCUUCAGCACAGUCACCGGCAAGCUGGAGAGAACACUGACGGUCCACGAGAAGGAUGUUAUCGGCAUCGCCCACCACCCCCACCAGAACCUCAUCUCCACCUACAGUGAGGAUGGCCUGCUGAAGCUCUGGAAACCUUAAAAAUAAAAAAACCUCAGGAGAAGAGACUGAUGCUCUCCUCAGUCUGGACAUGGCUCCGCCCACUUUGAUUUAUUUAACCUUCUGCAGCCCUAAUGAAUCCUUCUCAGAUUCAGGUGGUUCAGAGGUUUAAAUUAAUGGGAACACAGUCGGUUUUUCACAGUAGUGACUAAAAAUGCAAAGACUGAGCAGAAUUUUAAGAAGUUUUUGUAUCAUUAAAAAAUAUACAUGUGAAUGUUGACAGCUUACGACAGUUUGGGGUGUUUGCACAGCAGAGUCUUAUUUAACUCAGCUUCUUAGGUUUGUUGCAUAUUUUUCACAAAUAAAGUUUUCAUUUCAUGUGUCUUAGAAAGCAGUUUGAUGAACAGCGAUGCUAUUUAAUAAUUUGUAGGCCACCCAGCUGUUGUUGUUUUCAGUAACAGUUUUCCACAGAAAUUAUUAAAAAUGUGAAGAAAACGUGAUUGUCACAAAUUCUCGAACUGUACUUGAUGAAAUCCUAAAGAAAAGCUUUCUGCACAUUUUCACUGGCUGUUCAAUAAAUAAGAUUCUGUUGUUCAACACGCGAGCAUUUCCAACUUUUAUGUCAGAGCGCUUCAGAGGGAGGAGAGAGGUCCACAGUGAGAGUGCAGAUACUUGAGACGACUCAUUUUAAAAGUUUGUUUUUGUAAAUAUAUUUUUGUUUGCUUUUUUUCAGUAAGAUCUGGUAAGAUGGUUGCAUGUUGGUUCCUCUCAUUUAGCGUAGAAAAAGUGUAAGAUGAAGAAAAUGUUACCCAGAAUUUUUGAAUUCCUCAAACAUUGCUGAUCUUGGACAGAAAACAGUUUUGUUCGGUGAUCCAGAAAAUACCACCUAUUUGGUUAUCAUUUGGAAAUGGGGUGUAAUAUGUCAAAUGUGUUGUGUUUUUUCCUUCUUGUUUGUUUGGUUUUUUUAUAUCCAUUUAUAUGAAUUUGCUGUCUGGAUGCACACGUCCUGUGUAACGCCGUCUGUCUGUGCCAUUAAAGCUGUUUAACCAGA